UUCUCAUUGCAGAGUUGGUGCAGCCGUUCGGCGCAUGCGCGGAAUUAUUAUCAAAUGGAACGCACGGCAAAAAUACUCAUUUUUUUGCAUGUCCGCAUGCAUUUAGUGUAUAAUGUGCAUAAUAUAUUGACUAAAGGUUAGGGUUAGAAUCACCAUGGUUACAAAAUAUAUACAUUUAAGGUAUUUUUGUUCAAAUUUAGUUAAUCCGGUAUAUACCGGAGUCUGUAAUAUAUCACGGGCGCACCAACUCUGUAUUUAGUCACAGCCUUUUUUUUCUUCCAGAAAUGGAAGUAUCUCCGGAGUUUGGAGCCGAAAAAAGACCUAUCAAAAUGCCGCUACCGUUAUACGAAGGUCAAGGCAUUGACCAUAAAAGGCAAAGAUAUCCUAAUUGCAUAGUGUGGACACCGAUACCAUGUUUGACAUGGCUAUUUCCUAUCAUUGGUCAUAUGGGUAUUGCCACAAGUGCAGGGGUCAUUCGAGAUUUUGCUGGGCCAUACUUUGUGUCGGAUGAUGAUAUGGCUUUUGGAAGACCAACAAAGUACUGGCAGUUAGAUAGAAACAAGAUAGGCAGGAAAGGACAGAGUCCUAAGGAUACCUGGGACCUGGCAGUAUAUGAUGCUUCUGAGGAAUAUAAAACACGAAUGCACAACCUAUGUUGCGACAAUUGUCACAGUCAUUGUGCAAUGGCACUGAAUCUGAUGGAAUAUGGAGGCAGCAAAUCAUGGAAUAUGGUCAAACUUUGUUUUCUGAUGCUCAUAUUUGGAAAAUAUGUUAGUGUUUGUGGUUUUAUAAAGACAUGGUUACCAUUCCUGAUAAUGGCGGGAGGAAUUAUUUCCCUUGGAAUUGUCUUGUCAUGAAUUAUCCUUAGUGGUUUUGCCAUGGAAACAAACAACUGGAAGCAUUGUCAGUUCUAUAUACUCUACCUUGGACUAGCAAUUUCAAUAGUUAGAGAUUUAAAAAUAGUUUGACCUACUUUCUUAGUAAAAAAGAACAUACUGUUCGAUUCCUUCAGUUCUUGUACAGGGCUAGUUUUCCUGAAUUUUGGCUUUUUAUUGCAUUCAACAAUAGUUGUAUGACUUUUAGCUCACCUGUCACAAAGUGAAAAGGUGAGCUUUUGUGAUCACGCAGCGUCCAUCGUCCGUCGUGCGUGUGUCAGUCCGUAAACAUUUGUUUGUGACCACUCUAGAGGUCACAUUUUUCAUGGGAUCUUUAUCAAAGUUAGUCAGAAUGUUCACCUUGAUGAUAUCCAGGUCAAGUUCGAAACUGGGUCACGUGCCAUCAAAAACUAGGUCAGUAGGUCUAAAAAUAGAAAAACCUUGUGACCUCUCUAGAGGCCAUAUAUUUCAUGAGAUCUUCAUGAAAAUUGGUCAGAAUGUUCAUCUUGAUGAUAUCUAGGUCAAGUUCGAACAUAUAUACCUUCACGUGCCAUCAAAAACUAGGUCAGUAGGUCUAAAAAUAGAAAAACCUUGUGACCUCUCUAGAGGCCAUAUAUUUCACAAGAUCUUCAUGAAAAUUGGUCAGAACAUUCACCUUGAUGAUAUCUAGGUCAAGUUCGAAACUGGGUCACGUCCUGUCAAAAACUAGGUCAGUAGGUCAAUUAAUAGAAAAACCAUGUGACCUCUCUAAAGUCCAUAUUUUUCAUGGGAUCGGUAUGAAAGUUGGUCUGAAUGUUCAUCUUGAUGAUAUCUAGAUCAAGUUUGAAACUUGGUUAUGUGCGGUCAAAAACUAGGUCAGUAGGUCUAAAAAUAGAAAAACCUUGUGACCUCUCUAGAGGCCAUAUAUUUCAUGAGAUCUUCAUGAAAAUUGGUCAGAAUGUUCACCUUGAUGAUAUCUAGGUCAAGUUUGAAAGUGGGUCACGUGCCUUCAAAAACUAGGUCAGUAGGUCAAAUAAUAAAAAAACCUUGUGACCUCUCUAGAGACCAUAUUUUUCAUGGGAUCUGUAUGAAAGUUGGUCUGAAUGUUCAUCUUGAUGAUAUCUAGGUCAAGUUCGAAACUGGGUCACGUGCCCUCAAAAACUAGGUCAGUAGGUCAAAUAAUAGAAAAACCUUGUGACCUCUCUAAAGGCCAUAUUUUCCAUGGGAUCUCCAUAAAAAUUGGUCAGAAUGUUCAUCUUGAUGAUAUCUAGGUCAAAUUCGAAAGUGGGUCAUGUGCGGUCAAAAAGUAGGUCAGUAGGUCAAAUAAUGAAAAAACGUUUUAACCUCUCUAAAGGCCAUAUUUUUCAUGGGAUCUGUAUGAAAGUUGGUCUGAAUGUUUAUCUUGAUGAUAUAUAGGUCAGGUUUGAAACUGGGUCAACUGCAAUCAAAAACUAGGUCAGUAGGUCUUGAAAUAGAAAAACCGUGUGACCUCUCUAGAGGCCAUAUCCUUGAAUGGAUCUUUAUGAAAAUUGGUCAGAAUGUUCACCUUGAUGAUAUCUAGAUCAAGUUUGAAACUGGGUCACGUGCCAUAUGAAACUAGGUCAGUAGGUCAAAUAAUAAAAAAACCUUGUGACCUCUCUAGAGGCCAUACUUUUCAUGGGAUCUGUAUGAAAGUUGGUCUGAAUGUUCAUCUUGAUGAUAUCUAGGUCAAGUUUGAAACUGGGUCAACUGCGGUCAAAAACUAGGUCAGUAGGUCUAAAAUUAGAAAAAUCUUUUGACCUCUUUAGAGGCCAUAUUUUUCAAUGGAUCUUCAUGAAAAUUGAUCCGAAUGUUCACCUUGAUGAUAUCUAGGUCAGUUUCGAAACUGGGUCACGUGCGGUCAAAAACUAGGCCAGUAGGUAUAAAAAUAGAAAAACCUUGUGACCUCUCUAGAGGCCAUAUUUUUCAUGAGAUCUUCAUGAAAGUUAGUGAGAAUGUUCACCUUGAUGAUAUCUAGGUAAAGUUCAAAACAGGGUCACGUACCUUCGAAAACUAUGUCAAUAGGUCAAAUAAUAGAAAAACCUUGUGACCUCUCUAGAGACCAUAUUUUUCAAUGGAUCUUCAUGAAAAUUGGUCAGAAUUUUUAUCUUGAUAAUAUCUAGGUCAAGUUCAAAACUUGGUCAAAUGAGCUCAAAAACUAGGUCACUAUGUCUAAUAAUAGAAAAAACGACGUCAUACUCAAAACUGGGUCAUGUGGGAAGAGGUGAGCGAUUCAGGACCAUCAUGGUCCUCUUGUUUUUAGCUCAUCUGAUUUUUUGAAAAAAAGUGAUGAGUUAUUGUCAUCACUUGAGCGGUUGUCGACGUCGGCGUCGGCGUCUGCGUCGGCGUUGCUUGGUUAAGUUUUAUGUUUAGGUCAGCUUUUCUCCUAAACUAUCAAAGCUAUUGCUUUGAAACUUGGAAUACUUGUUCACCAUCAUAAGCUGACCCUGUAUAGCAAGAAACAUAACUCCAUUUUGCAAGAUUUAUGGCCCCUUUUGUACUUAGAAAAUACCAGAUUUUUUGGUUAAGUUUUAUGUUUAGGUCAACUUUUCUCCUAAACUAUCAAAGUUAUUGCUUUGAAACUUGGAAUACUUGUUCACCAUCAUAAGCAGACCCUGUACAUCAAGAAACAUAACUCCAUCUUGCUUUUUGCAAGAAUUAUUGCCCCUUUUGGACUUAGAAAAUCAGUUUUCUUGGUUAAAUUUUAUGUUUAGGUCAACUGUUAUCCUAAACUAUCAAAGCUAUUGCUUUAAAACUUGCAACAGUUUUUCACCAUCAUAAGUGGACCCUGUACAGCAAGAAACAUAACUCCAUCCUGCUUUUUGCAGAAUGAUGGCCCCUUUUGGACUUAGAAAAUAUCAGAUUUCUUGGUUAAGUUUUAUGUUUAGGUCAACUUUUUCUCUUAAACCAUCAAAGCUAUUGCUUUAAAACUUGCAACUGUUGUUCACCAUCAUAAGCUGACCCAUCAUAAGCUGACCCUGUAUAGCAAGAAACAUAACUCCAUUUUGCAAGAUUUAUGGCCCCUUUUGUACUUAGAAAAUACCAGAUUUUUUGGUUAAGUUUUAUGUUUAGGUCAACUUUUCUCCUAAACUAUCAAAGUUAUUGCUUUGAAACUUGGAAUACUUGUUCACCAUCAUAAGCAGACCCUGUACAUCAAGAAACAUAACUCCAUCUUGCUUUUUGCAAGAAUUAUUGCCCCUUUUGGACUUAGAAAAUCAGUUUUCUUUGUUAAAUUUUAUGUUUAGGUCAACUGUUAUCCUAAACUAUCAAAGCUAUUGCUUUAAAACUUGCAACAGUUUUUCACCAUCAUAAGUGGACCCUGUACAGCAAGAAACAUAACUCCAUCCUGCUUUUUGCAGAAUGAUGGCCCCUUUUGGACUUAGAAAAUAUCAGAUUUCUUGGUUAAGUUUUAUGUUUAGGUCAACUUUUUCUCUUAAACCAUCAAAGCUAUUGCUUUAAAACUUGCAACUGUUGUUCACCAUCAUAAGCUGACCCUGUAAAGCAAGCAACAUAACUCCAUCCUGCUUUUUGCAAUAAUUAUUUGGACUUAGAAAAAUCAUUUUCUUGGUUGAAUAUUAUGUUUAAGUCAACUUUUCUCAUAAACUAUCAAAGCUAUUGCUUUAAAACUUGCAACAGUUUUUCACCAUCAUAAGUGGACACUGUACAUCAAGAAACAUAACUCUAUCCUGCUUUUUGCAAGAAUGAUGGCCCUUUUUAGACUUAGAAAAUCAUGGGUAGGACAAUAUUUCUAUUAUACAAAAAAAAUCAGAUGAGCGUCAGCACCCGCAAGGCGGUGCUCUUGUUUUUUGAAAUUAUGAUAUCUUUUAAAGUAAAAUGAUUUUUGCCAAAAAUGUAUAUUCCCACAACAAAACUUCGGCCCAUGAAAUAUUUUUUAACGGUAUUUCUGUGACAUUUUCAAAAUGUUAUAAGAUGUUGCUGUUAUGCCAACAAAGAUAUCCUGAAUCUUUUGAAAUAAUUAAUCAACAAAUAAAGUCGGAAUUUAAAGUUUAAAACUUUUUGUAUGGCCAUAUUCUCUGGAAUUUGUUAUGAAAAAAUCUUCUCUCCAAAAAAUGUACAUUUGUACUGUCGUAUAUUUAAAGAUAUAUUAGACUCAAAAUUUGUAUCUGAAAAUAUAAACAGUAUCUAUUACUACAUAUAGUUUAUGUUAGUAUAAAAUUGAUAAAUUUAUGUGUAUUAACAGUGUUAUGCAUUAGGUUUAAGAUAAACACACUAUAAUUAUGCAUGUUUAGCUAAACACAGUUAAAAUGUGUACAGCCGCUAGAAAAACUGGAAGUCUUUUUUAACAGUUUAAUGUUACUGCAUGGUAUUUUAUAAUGACUGUAGCUCUACACAGUCACUCAGUUAAUUUAUAUAUUUUGUAAAGUUAAAUAAUUUGAUGAGAAUUUUCUACAUUUGAAGUAAAUACCUGAAGAUGAACUAUUUUAAUGAACAAGGCCAUUUAAUCCUUAUCAUGCUGGACAGGGUUGAUUCUGCCUGUGCGACCAGUGAAGAUCUUGAUCAGCCUGUACAUCCAUGUUGUCUGAUCAAGAUCUGAACUGUUUGCCAUUCAGUCAGUAUCUUUUUUUUGUAAGCCCCCCUCUUAACAGUCAAUGAUAAUGUCCAAAUUGAACGAUAGACAAGUUCAUUAUAGAAAUUUAGCAGGGUAAGGGUUAUGGAAAAAUUGAGGAAAACCAUUCCUACUGAAAAGAUAGAUCAUACAACGUUAUCCUCACAGUUUAGAAGGAUAAUGUAUAAAUUGUCACUGCACAUUCUUGCAGCAGCUCUGUCCUUGCAUAGAGAAGAUUUGCUCUAGUUAGUGUCAAAGUUACAUAAACAUUAUUUAAGGUAGUUAUGCAUGUCUAGAUAGAAACUUUUUUUCUACAACAGGAUUAUGUAAAACUUUAUUUGUUCAAAAUUUUAAACUAUGCUUAAAAAAUUUUGACAUUUGCUCGAUAUUUUGCUAAACUGAUUAGAAAAUAUCAGACCUCACAGAAAUGUUCAUGAUGGAAUUUGAUGGGAAAAUUAGUUUUGAUGGCAUUUUUGUGACAAAAAUUGUUCGUAAUUGCAGAUACACAAAGUCAUGAAACUUCUGACUGUUGUAAAGAAACAUAUACUUUUACACACAGGUUGGGAUUGAUUCAUAAACUGUUCUCUGUUUCUGUAGUAUACCCAACUGAGGCAUUAUUUUAUGUUACACGGAUAAAUGGUGUUACUCUGUUUUGGUUUCUCAAAUGUGCACAAGUCGCCAUAUGACCUAAAAUGUGUCGGUGCGACGUUAAACCCAAAAAAAAAAAAAAAAAAAAAAAAAAAUGUACACAACUACCUUAACUGAACUAUCUUAAAAUCAGAUGCAAAUAAAUAACUGUCCAUGUUUGUAAAAAGUCUAAAAUUCCGGAAGUUUCUCUUUUCUGAUGUGUUGAAAAACGUCCUGAAUGGACAGAUCAUUAUUUUAAGAGAUUACAAGUGCUCAGAUUACAAAUUCCUAUUUUAAGUCUGGCAUACCUGUUGGAACAACAUAUCACUUAAAGAGAAUGGACACAUUUGUAUACAUCUGAAAAUCCCAUAUUAAGUCCCAGAUACUGUCAAGUUUUUUUUUUUGUAGUUGUAUUAUAUAGGGAUAUGAACAAUUGCAUUCCUCUAAGAUCUGUGAUAAUUUUUCUGACUGUAUGUUGGAAGACAUGUUUUUGCUUCAUAAUUUCUUUUAGAUUCGUAGACUAGUAUUCAGCUACAGUAUAUACACCUGUAAAUGAAUAAACAUGAUAAAAUUUUAAGUGCGCUCACAAAGUAUUAAGGAGAUCAUCAGCCUUGCUUUGAGAUAUAGCACAAGUUCUGCCGCGGAUAUACUGCAUAGUUUGGGCCGUGCCAUGGGAAAUCCAACAUAGUGGCUUUGCGACACAUCUGCGCAGUCUGGUCAAGAUCUAUGCUGUUCGCUAACGGUUUCUGUAAUUGUAGUAGCAGUAGGCUUUAAAUGUGAACAGCAUAGAUCCUGACCAGACUGCGCGGAUGCGCAUGCUGGUCUGGAUUCAUGCUGGUCGCAAACCCACUAUGUUGGUUUUCUCAUGGCAAGGCUCAUUUAAGGAGUGCUAUAUUACUUUCUGAAAGAGGGAGUAGUAAUCUGGUACCAGUCUACCAAAAUAUCAAUUGUCUGGUUGUCAGAGAGACUCUAUAUGUGAAAAAAUUGGCAAGUAUCUCAAAAUGUAGAUUAGUCACUGGACUGGUACAAGGAUAUAAUUAUCCAUUUUUUUUUUCAAAUUUUUGGUCUUAUUUCAGUUCAUCGAGAUAUAAUUAUCCAUUUUUUUUUUUUUUUUUCAAAUUUUUGGUCUUAUUUCAGUUCAUAGAGACAAAAGCCAGUCUAUUCUGGAGAUUUUCUUAUAGAAAUGAUGUAAAGAUUAUCAUAAUGAUUUUGGAUGUAGGAUAUGGACUGGUUGCAUUCACUACGUACAGUUUAAGAAAAAAAAAAGAUAAAUCGGUCUGGGAACAAGUCUACUUAAAUAAUGCCUAGCUUAGGCCUACUGUACAUUUUCAGGGAAUUAGCAUCAAGAGUUAAAAGCUUUAAACUCAGUUUUGUUGAAAAAUUAAGAAGUGAAGAAAGUCUGUUUUAAUGUAAUAUAAUGUAGAACCUUGAAAUUGGGUGUAUAUUUAUUUUGUAAAUUUGGUUUCUAUGUCGGUCAUGCUGUGUGUUUUUUUGGUACAUUUGUUAUAACAUGUUGUAAAGGAUAGAUUUGAUUUUGUUGGAAGUUGUAACACUAAAGUUUGAUAAUUAUGUAGUAGAAAAUAUUUUAUUACUUUGAUAAAAAUAAUUUAUUUGAAAAAUGUUUAUGUAUUUAGAGAUGUCCUAUGUGUUGAGAGUGAAGAAAAGGAGCUAGAAUGGAUUUGGUAGUUCAUUUUGGGAAUAUUGAGAUGUUAUAGAAAAAUAUCUAACAACUUUCCUGUUGGAGAUAACAUUUAUGUUACCGUAUAAUCUCUUAUAAACUCCAUUAGGGCAUUCCAUUUUGCAAGAUAGGGGCGUUCACUUUGUAGCAAAAAGAAAGUAAUUUAAUAGUUUAGACCUUUUCUAUUUUGCUCAGUUUCAUAAAAUGAUCGCUUAUGGUAUUUGCAAAGUGUUAAAUCAUGACUAAAUAUCCUUCUAUUGAAAUUAAAUAUUAUAGUAAUUUAUUACUGUAUUUUUUUGCGAGUCUUUUUAUUUGACAUUGUAAUCAUAAUAUGAGCCGCGCCAUGAGAAAACCGACAUAAUGGUUUUGCUACCAGCAUGGAUCCAGACCAGCCUGCGCAGUCUGGUCAGGAUCCAUGCUGUUCGCUGUCGGUUUCUUUAAUUGCAGUAGGCUUUAAAAGCGAACAGCUUGGAUCCUGACCAGACUGCGUGGAUGCGUAGGCUGGUCUGAAUUCAUGCUGUUCGCAAACCCACUAUGUUUGUUUUCCCCCGGCACGACUCAUAUAUUUUACUAUUAAAUAUCUUCACAUUGGUAGAUAUCCUGACUUUUGAACACAUGGAAGGAUGAACAUUGAAUCACCUUAAAGUAAUUCCUUUCUCUUUGUAUUUAAAGCUUUUUGCCCAGAGUUUGGGUGAAUUGAAAUUUGUUCAUUUCCACAUUUGGCAUAGAAUGUUAUAAAACACUGAUAAAGUGGGUGAAAAAAAGUUAGAUAUUGGUAAAACUGCAAGAAAAAUGUUUAUUUUCUGCAUUAUAUCAAAAAUGUUGCAACAGUUUUCUACUUUCUGCACAAUAUUUUUAGUUAUUUAUAUGAGUACUCAUAUUUUAUAGAUAUUGAUAGAAAUUAUUUUUUGCCUGAAAUGUUUGCGGUAACCCCUUUAAGAAAAGGAUAGUGCUAAACAGUAAAAUACAUUAUUUGUCAUAUUUUGUCAUAAUAUUAUAAACAAAGCAUUCUGAUCUGGGGAAAAAAUACUGUUUUGUUGCAAAAAAUUGAGAGUUUUUGCCAUGUAAAGAAUGAGAUGAAAAUUAAUUUGGUAAACAAAUAAAUAUUCAUAAAAGUAAAUGUUAAAUUUAUCUCAUGUUGACAGAUCUUUUUGAAUCCUUUGAAAGGACACCAUUGGAAAUAAGUCGCAAAACAUUAAUAGGUUAUCCUGUACUAUAAUCUCAGAGAGUCUAAAGAUAUUAAUUUGAUAAUUAAUUAGCCCCAUUUCUUAUGAUGUGAAAAUCAUAAGAGGUAACUAAUAGGGCCUUAACACUUGGUUUUGCUGUAACUCUGUGAUUCCAGCAGGUAUACAAAUUUUGAUUCCAUACCUCAUGUUUUUAUUUCGAUGUAAAUGAGAUGUGAAACCAAAAUUUGUAGUCCUGUUUGGCGCCAUAUAACCUAUACUGUGUUUGUGCGCCGUAAAACCCAAAUAAAAUAAAAUGAAAUGAAUAUGAUGUGAAAAUAAUUUGUGUCAAACUUUGUUAACUAUGUGAUGUUUGUAAUAACUAUCUGUGACAAUCUUUGUACAUCGGUCAAAAUUUCAUUGAAACAACAAGUCCUUUAGUGGUUAUUUGAAUGCAGCACUUAACUAAUGAUGCUCUUGAAGUACUUGGAGCAUUCAUUGUUAAAAGAUAUUCAAAGAAUGAUAGGGGCUGGGGGGGGGGGGGGGGAGUGGGGGAAACUUUGCAUUUCUUUCAGCCCAUUUUCCGCUACCUUUUCAAAAUAAAACAAUAUCAUAAUAUAGUAUAAAAAUUUCAUGAAAUUUCAGAGAGAAGUCCGGUAAGCAUCAAAGUCUUCUUUGCUUUCAAUUGAAAAAAAAAAGAGGUAAUGAUCCAUUUUGUUGGUAAUUAUCAAAUGUGAUUUGAAGUUGCACUUUUAAGAUGCUUUUGUUAUUGUAUAUAUUGGUUGUUUUGUAUUAUAAUGAUGUUGAUAGAUUAAAUAUUUUUUUCUUC